AUGGCCACCCUCUCGGCUCUGUCCAACAUGUCCAGCAAGCGGCUCCCGCUGGCCAACAACUCGAAUGCCGUCAACUCUCCUUUCCGCUCCGUCAAUCCCGUCUCUGGCAAGCGCUCAAGACAACAAGACCCGCGUGACGCUGGCCAGCCUCCUCUGAAGAAGCAAGUCCUCGACCUCGACCACGAUGAGAACCAACAACCGCGUUCUUUGAUCCGUCAGUCGUUGGCACAGCAAGAGAAGGAUGCACAACUGUUCCUGAGAAAACCUGGCAACGCUCCUCCCACGGCCUUUGAAAGGAAAUUGGCUGCCGCAAGGAAGCCUCCAUCUGCACAAAAGCCCCUACAGAGAACCGCCGACAGUCUCGAGAGCAUCCGUCAAUGGCAACGGCACUACCGAAAGGCUUUUCCUCAGUUCGUCUUCUACUUUGAAAGUGUACCCGAUGAUGUCCGGACAAAGGUUUCGAGGCAGAUUCAAUAUCUUGGCGCCGAAAAGUUCUUCUCGCGUUCUGUCACUCAUGUGGUCACGACCCGUCCCAUUCCUCCAGAGCUUGCCUCGACAAGUUUUGACGAUGGUCAUAGCACCUCCAAGAACGACUCUCACCAUGCCUCCCUAAGGACCAUCGACCCUUCUCUCCUUGAUCGUCCUCAAGAUUCAAACCUGACUGGUGCUCAAAAGAAGACCGCUGACCUUCUCGAGGCUAGCCUGCAGGGCCGCACCCAUAAUUCUAACGCCCAAAGUCUUCAAACCGUCGAGCCACGCAAGCUCGGCGUCCAAAGCAACGAUGUCUUGUCCAAGGCUAGAGAACUUGGUAUCAAGAUCUGGGCUCUGGAGAAGCUGCAGCGUAUGAUGACAACCAUGUUUGAUACUGACACUGGCGAGCAACCUGAUCAUAGAAGAAACAUUGCUUCGACCCUGCGUAGAGGAGAGAAGGCAGACCUGCAGACACUUCUGCGAAACGAAAAGGUCAUUGGUCCUGCCGACCGUGAUCUGGCUGUUGCUGCUCAGGAUUCUGUCCAGUUCCGAGGAUACUAUAUUUACGUGCACGAUAUGGACGAAAGAACCCGUCCGGUCAUGGUUCGUGAUUACCCCAAGGUCACCCAUAAGGAGGAGGGCAAGUGGCCACAGUUCCGUCUGACCCCUAUCGGAAGAUGUCCCUUCGUAGAAGAUCCUUCACACACCAAGAAGCUGCGCUUGGCAGAAGAGAUGAAGGCCGCCGAGGCAGAGAAGGAACGCAAGCUGGCCGCUGGCGUCCCUGUCACGCGCAGUCGCGCUGCAGCAGGCACCAGCCUCUCUCAGUCCACCACAUCCCAGCCAAAGGAGCAGGUAGAGCGUCAAGACAAGGACAAGCCUGAAGUCGUCAACGAUGACCAUGUGAAGCCUCUGGACCCUCCAAAGGGCAUUCCUAACAAAAGGCAAACAUCAAUGGAUACUGGUAGCAUGCCAGCACUGUUCGGUAGUACCCAGGCCAACAUGAGAGGAGCUCCUCGUUUCAUCGGAGGAGAACCCGUCGCAUCCGGAGUACAACCUUCGAACAUCACAUCCGCCAUCCGCUCACAGAUUGUUUCAUCGACGAUUUCUUCGACGGCACCCGGAACUCGUAAUGUCGGCGCGAGCAAGGAGAUUACGGCACUGAAGCGCAGAGCCUUGGAGAGGGGAGCUAGCGCGAACUCCAACGAGCCACUCCAAUCGUCGUAUCUUACCGAUAUGCGCGCAGCGAUCAACGGAAAUGGAGACCGUCAACAAGCACCAAGAGCGGCCAAGCGCAAGGCACAAGAGACUUUAGGACACAUUCGUGAAGAGGGUGAAGAGGAGCCAACUAAAUCUCGUCGCGCUCAGCAGGUUCGCAAGAAGGUGGUUGUAGAACGCGAGUUGAAGGCAGGAUACUGUGAGAACUGCAGAGACAAGUUCGACGACUUUGACGCCCACUGUCAAUCACGCAAGCACCGCAAAUUUGCAAUGGACAAAGGAAACUGGUCGCAACUGGACGAUUUGCUGAACCAGCUGGAACGUCCUCUGAAGUGA